AUGGCCAACAGCACGUACAUGAACCCCAGCGGGAUCGCGGACCCCUCACCUUCAGGUUUCACCGCAGUGGUGAAGGCUGGCAACACCGUUUACAUUGCCGGCAUGGUCGCACAGGACGAAAACGGCAACGUAGUCGGGGCGGGGGACACGGAAGCGCAGACCCGGCAGAUCUGGCGGAACAUCGAGGUCGCGGUGAAAGCGGCGGGGGGAACCCUGGCCGACAUAGUCAAGACCACCACCUACGUCACUGGCAUUGAACACGGGCCGGCGGUGCGGGCAGUCCGCGGCGAACUGUUCCCCAGCAAUCCACCCACCAGCACGCUGCUAGUUGUCAGCGAGUUGGCGAACCCGGCCUACGUUGUGGAGAUCGAAUCGAUAGCUGUGGUGGCGUAACGAUACCGCCGCAGGCCUAACCGACGCGUCGCGUGGUCGGCUGGGGCAAGUCGCCUAAACCAUUGGCGAGCGCCUGGAAGAAAGGGAAGGGAGAGGAACCACGUCAAUCCCUCAACUGCCCGAACC